AUGGAUGGGAGAAUGAUUAAAGCUGCACCCACAGGAAACGUUGACGAACUUGAAAGGUUGAUGAGAGAAGACACAUUGGUGCGGGAUAGUGUUGCCUUGCUUGGAGCUCAAACUCCUCUACACAUUGCAUCACUGUGUGGUCACGUUUCUUUCUUUCGUACAACAAAUAUUGAAACUGAAGAAGCAAUUUGCGGCAGGGAUGGAACCCUUCCUCUCCACUGUGCCUCUCUCAAAGGAAGGAUCCAUGUUAUGACGGCGUUGCUCUCUGCUGCUCCACUCACUAUUCGAGCAAAAACCUCCAGAGGGGAAACUCCGCUUCAUAUUGCUGUAAAAAAUUACCAAUUUGAUGCAGUUAAGUUUCUGAUGAAGUACGCCAAGACAUUGAAGAUGGAAAGAGGAGUGCUGAAUGACAAAGACAAUCAAGCAAAUACUGUCUUGCAUCUCGUUGCGUCAAUGAAGCAAUACCAGAUACUUGAUAUAGUCUUGGGUGAGGAUGAUGUUGCGAUGGUGGUGAAUUCGGUGAACGAGAGAGGAAUGACCCCUCUUGAUCUUACGUUAGAAGUCGGUGAUUUAAAUAUUUACAAAUGCCUUGUGAAAGCAGGAGCUAAGAGUGGAAAGGACAUUGAGAAUGAGAAUGAAAUCAGUGUUCCUAUAAGGAACUGCUGA